UUGUCCUCACCCGACCGACCCACAAAAAUCGGCCCGUGUCAAAAUCUUUUUUGACCUCUUUUCAAGCAUUUUUUUUUUUUUUAAAACCAAGUUGUGUCAAGCAAACGUUUUAAAACCCAGAUAUAUUUAACCAAACUUUAUUAACGUUUGUCGAUUCGUUGAAAAUUAGAAAUUCUGUAAGCCUUGCUUUUCGUAUUAACAAUAACGAGAACACGUAUUUCCCGUGAUAGCACGAGAUCUCGCAGUGCAUGUUGAUGGAACGUGCACGUGAUAAUGGCGUUUCGCUUGGACAUGAAUGAAAGUGUGAAACGAAAGCAUUUGUACAACUUUACACUGUGUUGUUCCGUUGUUCUACACUGUGGGACGUUAUCAAACAUUAUAUGCAGUAAUGAUAUUUCCGAUUUCGGCGAUGAUUGUAAUUGGAAUGAGGUACUCGAGUCAUUAAUUACGCAUUGUGACCGUUCAAAAAGCGGAAACGACUUGUUUCGAUUGAUGGAAUCCAACAAACGUUCUGUGUCUUUGACUUCAACAUUGAAUGGAACAGAUAUGUUUUAUCCUAAUAUGCAGGAGAAAAUAAGUGUCGUGCAUCACUUUGACAAAUGUUUAAAGUACGCCAAAUUUGAAAUUGAACGAUGUGUUACGGAACCGUCAAACGACGAGAGUGCUUUGUUGACCGGCGGCGGUGUGAACGCAUUUCGCAGGAUGAUGGACGCUAGAACCGAAACGAAACCACCGCCACUAAAGGACGUCAGAAGUGGUAGAUUCACAGCAAAAGACAAACUCUACAAUGACAUAUGUGUGGAACUGAAACGAUCUGGAGCAGAAUUUCCAAAAUCUCUUCUCCCUGAUGAAGUUAUGAAGCAGGUUGGGGCGAUUGUUGACCUGCUCUGGUACAUUGAUGGGAAUGUAUCUACUAUUCAGGAAAGGUCUACACACGUACCAACAGAGAUCACACCAGUGCCAAAUAGGUUCUUGAAGUUUGAAGGCUACAAUGAUUGGAGAAAAAAGAAGUCAAAGAAGCCACAGCUACAUGCAAAAGAUCUUGAUAUUCAUAGCCAAAUCGUAUUUCGUUUGACAAGCAAGCCCUAUGUACAAGUUUGGAAUAAUGAACUUAAAAAUGAUUUAAAUUCCUUGGCAGCUUCCCUCAGCUCUUAUGCCUCCUACUUGAAGUCGAGCAACAUCAAGCAGCAAACUAGGCAACAACAGCUUUAUCCAGUUCGACAGGUAACUGAUAAUGUAUGGAUUGAGUACAAACCUGCUUCAGCAACAACAGUAGCACCAGAGUAUGCAAUUCUAGAAACAACAUUAGGCGAGUUAAAAGACUUUGAAAUCCUAUUCUUUGAUCCAGAUGUACACCAAAUUUCAAGUAAAACUGGAUCACAAAAGUAUCAAGAAAAGUACAGAUUUUUUGACAAUCUUCAUCUUUCGCAAGACGUGGCUUUGCUGUCCUAUGAUCCAGGUGGUUCGCAAACAUCUAGUAAAGUUAUUUGGAAAAUUCCAGCAGGAGUCGGCUCUUCAGAGUUAAUGACUACUGCAAGUCGUGUUCCUCGGUUCCAGACUGUCAGAAUUCCAUACAAGGCAAAUGAAGCGAGAUUUCACAAGAAAGUUCUGCAAUGUAGCAGGAAGCAAGAUUCCAUCUCAUGUGUUAAGGGCAAUAUAUGCAGAAUUGACUCUUGAUGCAUCAUCAGAUCAAAAUCCUGUCAUAGACGCCAGAGUUCGGCAAGCAGUACUGGCUGGUGAUCCAGAUUUGGUGGUUGAUAUGCGCCAUUUAAAUAAAGGCCGUCCAGGUGAUGCAUUUGAUGCAUUUUUCCAGGAACUAGAAAAGCAAAUCGAGUCAAUAACUGCAGCUGAUGAAAGACGUCAUAAUGUUGAACAUAUUUCCAGAUUUAUUUCUGUGCGGGACUUGAUUGAGCAAGUAAAAUCUCGCCUUCCCCCCAACACAGCAGUACCAAGUGAAUCUACAGUCCUCUUUGCUUUUGUGGCAAAAAAUUCUCAUACUAAAGUAGCAAAACUUUACAAAAGUCGAGUGCCUUUGAGAUUUACUGUGCAAACACGACAGCUUCGGGCUUCACACCAAGAUGAUCACUAUUGUGCAGCACAGUUCAAAUAUAUGCGUGAGUUUGCUGUGAAACAUCGAGACAGUUACCUUUGUGUGUCUAGAUGACAAAUCAAAACUAGAUUUUGGAGAGCCGGGUGCUGCCUUAUCAUCAGGAGUGCGCGGAAAGAAAUCUGUUGUUCCUACUACAUCAACUCUUUCAUGUUUGGAUCAUGAUGUAGGCCAAAAGGGCUCUAUCAAACCAUCAGUGUGUCAGGAGAGAGUUGAGCGGAUCCAGUUGAAAGGUCAAAACUUUAAAUGUCUCAGUGCAGCUACAAAAGAUGCAAUCAAUGAAUUUGAGGAUGAUAUCCAGAACAUUGAUCCAGAAGUUGUUAAGGGACAAUAUCAGCAAGUGAAUGUGAACAAAAAGCAGAAAUAUCAGGACUUUUUGAAGACUCACUGUCUAGAGCGCACAUACACUUUUCAGGUCAGAAAAUGUAAUGAUGCGACAUGUUGUGUUCCGCCAGUUAUUCAGUUUCCUUGGCUGCCUGACCCAAAAAUUGCCUCGGAUGGUCAGCACUUCAAGCCCUUUGAUGAAGUACUUGGCUUUCCUACGACUGAAAAAGACCGUCCAUCUUCUCAAAGGCAAACCCUGACUGCUAUUGCGGAAGAUCAACAGGGCUGCAAGAAUUCAGUACUUGUUGGUCAGAAUGUCCGGCAGACGGUUCACUGCCAUGAAUGUGGGAAACCACGCUGUGUCUACUCAAAAUCCUCUUUCACAAGUCGUGAUACCAGGUCCUUCAAGCGACUGAUCGAGUCUCAUGACUACACUUGUGGGUCCAUCUUGACUCCUGAUGGUCACAUACUUCAAGGCAAGGCAUUUGUUAGACUUCAGAUGUGCUGUACCACUCCAAUCGAGUUUGCAUAUUUUGCAUCAUCGUCCAUCGUCCGCAAGGAUAUAUGUUGUCAUUGUGGGAGUUUCGGGGCAGAACGAGACAAGGAUCUCAUGCAGAACUAUCGCGUUGUAUUACCUGUUUGCAUUAAUUGCAAGCACCUUGGAUCUCCAAAGAGGAAUCCUAUUCGGAAAUGAAUAUGUUAACUAGUGUGUUAAUCUUAACUAUAAAACAGUACACUUU